AUGUACUUCUCUCUCGCUUUCGUCCUUUUUGGCUUCGCGCUCGUUAGCCCUGUCUUGUCAGAGAUUUGCGAAGGGCAGGUCACCCUCAGCGUGUCUUAUAUUGGCGCAGACAAGAACGUCAAGGCGUGGCGACGUAGUAUCCCGCCAAAUUCCUGGUGUUACGAAUGUCUGUGGAGGACAAUACAACCAGGCAACACGUUCUGUUUCAUUCCUCCUGGGGGUAGCCCGGAUCCUAAUGACUGCCAUGUAAUUGCUGAUGCACUUCGCUAUGAAAGUGAAAACACUGUUUACGAGCGAAUAGGGAACCUCUUCGAUCUUGCUAACGAUUCUAAUGGCAACACUGUCGUCAUGGUUUAUAACAGCUGUGAAUCUUUCUUCGGCAAUGAAAUGUAUGGGGUCAUAGAGUACUGUCGUGAUGAUUGGGCAUCUGUCAUUGACUGGAUGGCUCCGAACUGCCAGUCUACCCCAGGUGGAGACUGCUUCGCCAGCGACGGAAAGUGA